AGGGCGGUGCCGAGCAAAUUAUGCCAUGUGGUGCUCGAGAGCGGCGUUUUUAUUGGACGGCGGGAAAAUGGUCACCGCCCGUUUUUGAAGGAUUCCCUCUCUGAUUGGCUCAAUCGGCCACCCCAGAUUCGCCGUGCGCGCGUUCACAGUUUUCCUAUUCUCCCUCGCGAGUUACGUCAGCAGCGUGAACGUCUUUCCGUGACGCCGGAGCGAUCCCUCGAACAAUUUGCGGAAACGGCGUACCUACCAUGCGCAGCGACAAAGACUGCGAGCCUGAAACCUAUGGGGAAGGAAUAAAAAAAGAAAUUCCGUAUCGUUGGACUCUGUGCUGAAAGACCAGUAUUUUCUGAGGAGCUCACCGGCCUGGGGUCUCGGCAAAGACACCGAAAUUUAACCGAGGCAAGGCUGGAUUUAGAGUCGGCGUACGGCUAGUGAAUUUGCUGAAGAAGACUGUAGCAGCUGGCAGAUUUUCCGUUGGACCGUCUGUAGGCUAGGGUAUAGCGAGGGAGCCGCCAUGGCAGUCGGAUCAUUGAGCCUCCACAUCGGGAUAUGAAGUGGAACUGCAUGUGUUCCGAAUCGUUAAGAAAACGCCGCAUUUGUCACCGAUCCGCACCGGAUCAGCAUCUGAACUAACCCUUCUUCAUCUCCGUGAAAACGAUUCCGCACCCCGAAAGAAAUUACCGCUGGUUUUUAACCGUGGGGCCACAGGGAGAGGCCAGAUUCAUGACUAUUUUAGUCGGAUACGUGUCUUCAAAGGCCCGCUGAAAGAAAACCUGGAGCAUAAGGAGGAAACGAUGCUCUGAUCGACCGUCGGUGGAAAAGAAAAGGGUCAUUUAGUGGCGAUACAAAGUAGUGUGAAGGAUCCUGGGAUAAGGGGAUCUCUUUCUAGCUGACCUCCCUGAGAAUUACAGUGAUAUUAAUUUACUGUCACCCCCCCAACCCCCCUUUUUUGGAUUUUUUUUUAUUAUUAUUUUUUAUUUUUGAUGAGAAGGUUCGGCGAAUCGAUCAGCUCCGCCGUUUAAGCAAGUCACAGUCGAGAGAAUCAAAGGGAUCGUCGGAUCAUGUCGGGUCGGCCCAGGACCACAUCCUUCGCAGAGAGCUGCAAGCCAGUGCCGCAGCCUUCAGCUUUCGGCAGCAUGAAAGUCAGCAGGGACAAAGAUGGCAGCAAGGUAACAACAGUUGUGGCCACUCCAGGCCAAGGCCCCGACCGGCCACAGGAAGUCAGCUACACGGACACCAAGGUCAUCGGCAAUGGCUCAUUUGGCGUCGUCUACCAAGCUAAACUCUGCGACUCUGGAGAGCUGGUGGCCAUCAAGAAGGUCCUGCAAGACAAGAGGUUUAAGAAUCGUGAGCUGCAGAUCAUGAGGAAACUGGACCACUGCAACAUAGUCCGCCUGCGCUACUUCUUCUAUUCCAGUGGAGACAAGAAAGAUGAAGUGUAUCUGAAUUUGGUUCUGGACUACGUUCCCGAGACUGUCUACAGAGUGGCCAGACACUACAGCCGAGCCAAACAGACUCUGCCUAUGGUUUAUGUGAAGUUGUAUAUGUACCAGCUCUUCAGGAGCCUGGCCUACAUUCACUCGUUUGGUAUCUGCCAUCGGGACAUCAAACCCCAGAAUCUGCUGCUGGAUCCAGAGACGGCUGUUCUCAAGCUCUGUGACUUUGGCAGUGCUAAGCAGCUGGUCCGCGGAGAGCCUAACGUGUCCUACAUCUGCUCUCGCUACUAUCGAGCCCCUGAGCUGAUCUUUGGUGCCACUGACUACACUUCCAGCAUAGAUGUGUGGUCAGCCGGCUGUGUACUGGCAGAGCUGCUCCUGGGACAGCCGAUCUUCCCUGGUGACAGCGGAGUGGACCAGUUGGUGGAAAUCAUCAAGGUUCUCGGCACCCCGACCCGAGAGCAGAUCCGUGAGAUGAACCCCAACUACACUGAAUUCAAAUUCCCCCAGAUCAAGGCACAUCCUUGGACUAAGGUGAGUCAACAGGUGUUCCGGCCACGUACGCCUCCGGAGGCCAUCGCCUUGUGCUCCCGCCUGCUGGAGUACACGCCCACGGCCCGCCUCACACCCCUAGAGGCAUGCGCACACUCCUUCUUUGACGAGCUGCGCGACCCCAGCAUCAAACUGCCCAACGGGCGAGAGAAGCCCUCGCUCUUCAACUUCACUACCCAGGAACUAUCUAGUAAUCCUUCUUUGGCCUCCAUACUCAUCCCUGCCCACGCUCGCAGCCAGGCUGCCGCCUCUACCCCAACCAAUGCAUCUGCCACCACAGCUGUUCAACUGAGCACUUCCUCUUCCUGUUCAUAGAUGGCAGCAGCACAGAGCGAGGUCCCACCACCACCACCGCCUCUGCCUCAGCUUCCAACUCCACCUCCUGAGCCCACAGAGCACCUGCCCCGCCCCGGUCUCAGCCCCAGCCCUCAGCCUCUCCAUUGCCCUGGCCAGGGGGUGAGCUCUGCUCAGCUCAGCUCUGCCCUGCUCCUCUUCCCCGGCAGCAGCGGAGCGAUGCUGAAGCAGGCCGGGUUCGACAGCUAACUGACCACAAACCGAGCAUCCCCAGUCUGCCUCUCUUACCCCCAAACCCGGCCUCCUCAUAAAGCUGUUUGAACUCUUCUCCAUCCUCCGUCAAAGAUGCCUCUCCGUGCCCUCUCGACAGGGAAGUGAAGCGCAGGGCCAGAGGUGUUGUCAACUGUACUGUUGAUUUAAAAAGUACACUGUACACCUAUACACAAUGCUAGCCUGCUAAGAGGACAAUCUGUAGAAAAGUCCUGAGCUGUCGCCCUUUUUUGCUCUGUCUCUAUCUGGCCUCCCUCUCCAUUGUUCCAUUUUUCUGCAUCCUUUGACCUCUGACCCCUCCGUCCCCUGGCCAACCCCUCCUCCUCGAAAAAAAACAAAAACAAACCCCGCCCCCCUUUUGGUUCUUUCUGUAGUGCAUGGCCUGAGUAUGGUAGGAUCACCUGGGGGUCACCAAGCCCUCUCACAUCCACUUCCGCAGACAAGGCAUGAGGCUCACGCACGCGAAUACACACACACACAGACACACACCUACACCCUCAAACACACACAUCCUCACACACAUGGAUGCAUGAUGAUCCUGGUGUAUGUGGGAAGAAACAGUCCUCUUUGGGAGGACAUGUUUGGACAGUGUUGUUUUUUUGUUUUUUUUCUUUGCCCGGGGUUAUUUUUAAAAAUGGUUAGCAAGCUGUUUUAUUCAACUUUGUUUUUAAUUAUUUUCUUUUUUGUUUUUUUUGUUUUUUUGUACUCCUGGGCAGACGUCUUUUGGAUUGCCAUGUGCGAUGGAUGUGACAUGUAUCUGGUCCUGUGUGCUUGUAUAAUAUAUACAUACAAUACAAAACAGACAUGCAUACACACACAGUUUAUAUAUUACUUUUCCUUAUGUAUAAAAAGUAUAUAUAGAUAUAUGUAUAUUAACUACAAUGGUUCAGAAAUCAUUUAUGGUGAGCUCAUAUCUGGCAGAGCAGUGGCAAUAUUUGCCGCUGCCUAAAGACAAUAGAUUUAGGUAAGGUGGUGUUUUAUUAUUAUUUUAUUUCUGUUUUUGUUGUUGUUCUCUUCUUUGCUGGAGUGUGGUUAGAUUCCAGCAGCCACUUCCCUGUGUCGUCUGUAUUAAGGCUGUAGAUGGAUUUAGGGCAUCGCUCUAUUCCCCGUCUUUGUACCGGCUCUGUCUGUAACAGUGUUUCUGUGACAGUGCAGCGUCUAGACAAACGUGCCCCCCACCCUUUCCCCGUCUGAAUCUCUCUCCCUCUCUCUUCCUCUUGCCGUUUCUGUGAAGAAUUCGAGAUUCGUUUUUUGACGCUCGACUCUGGGCCCGCGGUCUUUGGCGCACCACCGGCUGACUCGUGCGCUGCGACCACCGACCGGAGCGUCCUUUUCUUUUUGGCCGCCUCCACCCCCGCAGCACAUAGAGCCACUCGGUACAGUCUGACGAAUCGUCUUAUUUACGGAGAAUACUCACUACAUUUACACGAAAAAAUUAAAAAGAUAAAACCAACAAAAAAAACAAGAAAACAAAAAACUCACACACACACACACACACACACACACACACACACACACACACACACACACACGAAAAAUGGAAAUAAAAACUGAAUUUGUACAUACAGUAUAAAUGCUCCUCACCAAAUUCUGACUUGUAUGACUUGUAUGUUGUUUUUUUUAUGUUAUGUUGAUUUUUUUUCUUCCAUGUUGUGUUCAAGGUAUGUAUAUAUGCAGACCCAUGUACUGUUUAUGAGCAAAAACAAAGAUGACAAAGGGUGAGGGAACGGAAUGAAAAAGAUUCAAAAACAAACAAAAAAAUGAAACAAAAAACAAACAAAAAAAAAACGAAUCAGGGCAAAACCGAUGUUGUUUAUGGAUAUUGUAGAUUACGACGACGACGACGACGAUGAUCAGCUUUAUCCAGCCAUAUGUUCAAUCUUACCUGUACAGUACAGUAGAUUACAGCUGUAUUAUUGUAACAAGAACUAGUCAUGUAUAGUGUAACUAUAGUUUGGAGUGCCUUUGCUUUCAUACACCUUCGCCUUGUUUCCACCCUCACCCAGCCCACGCCAUCAACCCCCCACCCCCACUGUCACCGCCCCCCUCUGAUAUUGUGACUCUCCCUUUUGGUGCUGUUGAAUGUCCUGCUAUCCGCGUGCUCACUCACGCGCCCCCUCUUCCACCCGAUGCACAUCCUCCCCCCCUGCUCUUUUCAUUGCACACUAAAUGUAAUAUACAGACAUUGUUAAUUGUAAUUUUUUUCUUGAACUGAAGAUAUAGUAGACAGGUGUUUAUUUUAAUAGAUGUUUUAUCUUGGGGGGCACACACACACUCAUACACAUGUACUGCAGUCCUGGCACAGAUUCGGGGUAUGAACUGGGUGGGUGGUGUGUUGUGGAUGGCAGCAGGGUUUUAAACAAAAACAACAAACAAAAAAAGGCCUCAUAUAUUAUAUACGAUACAGUGCAGUUUCUGUAUUACUCACAGUGUUGGUUCUGUUACCAAAGCCAAACCAUGAUGUAGUUGUGAUGAGCCAUCCUCAGAGGCAAUAACUCUUCUUCUUCUCUUCUCUUUGGAUGUUUCGUUGUUUCUCUGUCCUCUUCGCUUGUUUCUCCUCCUGCUCUUGAGUAUUCAGGGGGUGAAAUUCAGUAGCACCUAAGGGGUCAAGUCAUGUAGCCUUUCUCCUGUCUCUCCCGCUUGCUGUAAUUUUGCAUUCAUGAACGUGUUGCUACCCUCCACCAGAAGGUUUGACCACUUCACCCCUACUCUCUUACUCCAGUUCAAUAAAAGCACCACAAUGGCUACCAAAAAAAAAGAAGAAAAGUGUAUAAGCUAGUAUAAUCUCUUAUACUGACAUAUACACUAGUGUCAUAUGCUGACUGGGUUAAACUGGGGUAAUAGAAAAGAAGAAUCUUAAGAAAAUACUACAAAAACAUCCUGUAUAACAGUACUACUACUUGAAUGCCUCUGUUUGUGACUGAAAUUUCUAUUUCUUUUUGUUUGUUUGUUUGUUUGUUUGUUUGUUUGUUUGUUUGUUUGUUUGUUUGUUUGUUUUUGUUUUUUCCUUUUGUUCUGUGAAGGUAUGCUAAAUGUGCGCCUCUGUAAAUAUUCCCUCUGCGUGCUCCGAGGAAUAGUUCCCUGGUACUGUAAUUUGCAUUAAAUAAAGAGUAGGAUAGCCUGGAAAUGAUCA